AUGCUGUCCGUCGUCGGGCUGCUCUCCUUGAUCAGAGAGCAGGAGCGGCGGUUUACCCUAGAGACGCUCGCCGUCACCUGCAUCCUCGCGCCGCUCGUCUACAUUCUCGUCAACGAGGUGAUUCGCUACCAUGCGCGCAUAGGAGGCAUGAAGGGGCCCAAGGGCCUGCCCGUGAUUGGCAACCUCUGGGACAUUCGCGUGAAUGCGGCGGAAAAGUACCGCGAAUGGGCUCGCAAGUUUGGCGAUGUCUACCAGAUCCAGCUGGGCAACAUACCCGUCGUCGUGGUGAACUCGGCGGCGGCGGGGAGGUCUAUUUUCGGCCAAAAUGCGCAGGCCAUGAGCUCGCGGCCUGAAUUCUACACGUUUCACAAGGUCCUCUCCGACACGGCGGGCACCACCAUCGGCACGUCGCCAUACAGCGACUCGUUGAAGCGGCGGCGCAAAGGUGCCGCGUCGGCGCUCAACAAGCCCUCGAUCCAGAUGUACAUCUCGCACCUGGACAUUGAGUCGCGCGACUUUGUCCGCGAGCUGUACGAGUACGGCGAGGCGGGCAAGACGCCGACGGACCCGAUGCCCAUGAUCCAGCGGCUGUCGCUCUCGCUCGCGCUGACGCUCAACUGGGGCGUGCGGCUCAAGAGCCAAAAGGACAACCUGUUUGACGAGAUCACGCACGUCGAGGAGGAGAUUAGCCGGUUCCGGUCGACGACGGGCAACCUGCAGGACUUCAUCCCGCUGCUGCGGCUCAACCCCAUCAACAUGCACUCGACCAAGGCCAAGGAGAUGCGCAGCCGGCGCGACGUGUACCUGACCAACCUCAACGACGGGCUCGACGAGCGCAUCGCCAACGGCACCUACAAGCCGUGCAUCCAGGCCAACGUCAUCCUGGACGAGGACGCCAAGCUCAACAAGGAGGAGCUCACGUCCAUCAGCCUGACCAUGCUGUCGGGCGGCCUGGACACGGUCACGACCCAGGUGGCCUGGUUCGUGGCCUUUUUGUCGCAGAACCAGGAGAUCCAGGACCGGGCCGUGGCCGAGAUUCGCAAGUUUUACGACGAGCAGACGCCCAUGUGCGACGAAAACGACGACCAGCGGUGCGCCUACGUCGUCGCCCUGGUCAAGGAGUCGCUGCGGUACUUUACGGUGCUGCGCCUGGCGCUGCCGCGCGCGUCGACGAGGGACGUUUUGUACGGAGGAUGCACCAUCCCCAAGGGGUCGAUUGUGUUUCUCAACGCGUGGGCCUGCAACAUGGACAACAAGGUCUGGCACGACCCCGACGUGUUCCGCCCCGAGCGGUGGUUCGAGCAGCCCGACGCGCCGCUCUUCACGUACGGCGUCGGCUACCGCAUGUGCGCCGGGUCCCUGCUGGCCAACCGCGAGCUGUACCUCGUCUACAUGCGGCUGCUCAACAGCUUCCGCAUCGAGAAGCACGACACGGUCGACUGCCACCCCGUCACGGGCAACUCUGACCCGACGAGCCUGGUGGCCCUGCCGCACCGCUACCGCGCCCGCUUCGUGCCUCGCCACCCGGCCGCCCUGCGCAAGGCCAUGGACGAGACGAGGGCCAUGGGCGGCAUGGACGAACUGGUUUCAGCCUGA